AUGCACCUCUGUGAACCGCAGGAUGCACAGGAAUUCUCAAGCAUUUUAUUAUCAUGUGUUGAGAAAAGGCUCGAGGUUGCCCCUUGCCGUGAUAUCUUCAAAAAACUUUUUACCAUUAGGGGUAUGACGAACUUAUCUACUGUUAAUGUUUCCUAUAAAUGGUCUAAGGAGGAGGUAUUCACUCAUGUCGAGCUUAAUGUCCGUGGACACCGAACACUGGUGGAUAGCUUCAAGGAUUACACCUCUGCAGUCCUUUUCAAGGAAUUUUACACCGGGGCCAUAUUUGAGACAAAAGAUGUGAUCAGACGCAACACAUUUUCCCACCUUCCAUGGGUUCUUACCAUCUACCUCAACCGAGUGGAAUUUGACAUCAAUGCUGGAGAAAUGAAAAAGAUUACGGAUUACCACGAAUUUCCAGAAGAAAUCGAUAUGUCACCAUAUCUCUCCAACGAAGUUGAUAAAUCUCAGUCAUGGGACUAUAUACUCUACGGUGUUGUGGUUCAUGCAAGCGGCCCGUCUAACCCUCACUACUAUACUUUUAUCAGACCGAAGCCUGAUGGACACUUCUAUAAGUUCGAUGAUGACAGGGUCACGAUGGCUACAAUGAAGGAAGCUAUGAAUGACAAUUUCGGAGUCAUAAAAACCAAUCAGGAACAACCACAUCCAAAGGUCUUGGAGCCUUAUUAUAAUGCAAAGAAAUACCAGGAAAAAACAGCCACCAUGUUGAUUUACAUACGGAAAUCUGAAGCUAAUCGUGUCUUAGCAGACGUACUACAAGAUGAAAUUCCUACUAGAAUUUAUUCUUCGCCGUCUUCAUACGCACAAGAAGAUCACUUGGGAGAUUUCUACAGCUCCAAAUUAACAAAGGAGGGCGCAGCGGCAAUAAACACGCAAAGCAAGGAGCUUAAGGCUCAUUUUACUGCUAAUAGUGACAUCAAUGUUAGGCUCUUCUCUAUUAGUGACUUCUACAAACACCAUGGGCUCGAUAUUGUUCCCAUAUUACCAAUCGAUGAUAAGUCAGCUAGUUCUCUAUGUUACAGCCACCUUCAGGAAAACAUGCUGGUGCAGGAACUUGUUAGCGCGGUAACUCAGGCGCUGAAUAUACCUGGAAAAGACAUCAGAAUUUGGCCAAUGAUAACUCGACAAAAUGGAACCCUUCGACCAAUUGGCCCUCCUCUGGACCCUGGGGUGACGAUGGGAGAUGUAAGGAAGACGCAUUAUCCCAGACUCCCACAUGAAUUCCAGCUCUGGGUUGAGAGUGAUAGUUGUCGAUAUGGGGAUAGAAAUGGAUCUGAUUCAUCCCUAGUGUUCCUCAAGUACUUUAAUGUAACAAAACAGGCAAUUACAGGGUUCUGCUCUGUUUACGUCAAGCCUGAUGACAGGCCUGAUGACCUGUCUCCUAUGAUCUGCAGGGCUAUGGGGUGGGAGUCCAAUACCCCUGUAUCUUACUACGAGGUGUGUUUGGUCAUAGAUAUAUAUUUUUCACAUGCAGAUGGGCUAAUCCAGCAAUAUUAUAGGAAAUUAAACCCACUUUGA